UUUGACUUCGCUAAUAAGGCGAAGCGAGUAAGCUAAGUACAUAUGCAGGGUAUAUUAGUAUCAUUAACUUAGUUGAUAACGUUAAUUGGCCACCGGAAAGAGUUUCAAAGCCGACGUUUCGAACGAUAGCCCUUCGUCAGAGCGAAUUUCUCUCUCAGUCGAUAAUACUGACUGAAUGAGUUGCCAGUAAUCGGAUCCUUGCGAGUUGCAAUGUUUUCCCCGUGGCGAUCCCAGAAAUCUGUGCGUAAACACAAGGAUCCAUUACUGGCAACUCAUUCAUUACCCGGUUAUUUUCCCCUACCAACGCAGCAACACAGUUUCUACAAGAACUUACUGUCGGGAAAGAAAUAGGUAAUGCUUAAAUUGAUUAUUUUGUGAUUAAAUAUUUAUUAGAAAUUGACAUUUGUAGCGCAAAGAAGUUAGAAUUCACAAUAAUGUAGACAAAGUCCGAGUAUAGCUACGAUGUAAAAUGAUGUAACUGCAUGCAUUUUCUUAAGCUAAAUAAGGUGAAAGAACGUGCGAUUUUGUAAUAGUCAUUUAAAUUAGAUACAUUACAAUGGGAACUUUUACUGCACAUGUGAUUAAUAUUAAAAUACUACCUUACGCAAUGAUAGUGGGAAAAAACUUCUGUAUACUCAGAAUGUGUUAUUUAAUCGUUGAUCGUUGUGUUACGACCGUUGAAUAUGUGAGGAUUGUAUAUCACAAUAGAUUAUCGGUUUGGAUUAAAUCGUGUUUUUACAUCGAAAGAUACAGUCCUCUUGAUUUGUUUGAACAGUUCCCCAACACUGACCCCCCUCCAUUCAUAAUUAUAUAUGCAAUCAAGUUUGCUUUCAGAUGUAGCCAGGUGUCAAUUUUCCGGGUCGUUCUGCUUGUCUCGAAUCACCCUCAACAUUUUGUGGCGUCACACGAAUCGUUUUCAGUCAUAACUUAGCCACGUUUGCGUGUCUGGAGACGGGACGUUUUGUCAGAAAUGGCGCAGUCUACUCCACCACCGAAUAUUUCACUACCCGCUCGAAAUACAGCAGAGUUCAAUGCUUUCUUGGCUAAGAUUGCUGAUCAAAUAACGGAGGAAGAGUUGGAGGAAAUGAAAUUUCUCUGUGACAGAUCACAAACCAAUAAUAGUUUACCACGAGGAAAGCUUCAUGCUAUCAUAAACCCACGCGAGUUUUUGAGCUUCUUACGCCAUCACGAUAAAAUCUGCCUAGAAGACGUGUCCUAUUUGCUAUGGCUACUUAGAAACGUCGGACGUAGUGAGCUAGCCGCUUCAGUCGAGGAACAAGGUAUACCGUCGUCGCUGGGUGGUCAACCUCGAGAUCUUCCGUGUUUAACUGCACACUUUGUUGGAAGAGACGCGGACGUAGAUAAAAUCGUAAAUCAACUGCAGACCUUUCGUAUGGUUGUUCUUCUUUCCAUCCCAGGAAUGGGGAAGACUGAAGUGGGAAUCCGUGUAAGUCACUUGUUAAAGCAAAGGGGUGACCAGUUUGUAACGCAUAUUCGCGUAGAAAGUCAUCAUCAGAAGCUCGCAGACAUCUGCAGUGAGAUUCUUGAUCGAUUGAGUAGUCGCACCUAUUCGGAAACCGCUGACUUUAUAUCCCUUGCGAAGCGUAAACUAUCGGAGCGAAAUAUCCCAACUCUUAUUGUGCUAGACAAUACAGAGAAUAUACAGGGCGAGGAAUUUGAUGAAUUCACCAAAUGGCUCGUGGAAUCUGCCCUGAAUGUACAGUUGAUAAUCACUACUCGAAAAGAUGUUGGAUUCGUGUCGGUGGACGUGUGUAGGUUUCCUCUGAAUCCUUUGGAUCCCGACUCGUCUGCAAAACUGCUUCGGAGCCUUGUUGACGACUGUAGUGAGGAACACUCCAAGGAACUUGCGAAAUUGUGUGGUGGGAUACCACUCCUUCUUGUGACCUGUUCUGACUCGCUGAACAAUGGUUUAAGUCCCGAUCUGUUAAUCCAACAGCUCAGUAAUGAUCCCAUACAACAUUUCAGGAUCAGUGCGAACGAUGUUUAUAACACGCUGGAAGUAUUUUUUAACACUUUUUCCGAUGAGGUAAAAAAUAAUCUUGUCCUUUUUUCUGUUUUCCCAUCGGAGUUCUCAGGUCAAGACAUCCAGUGUCUUUUCGAAGAUUCCUUACACUGUGAAACAGUGACGAACAGGAUGGUCAAGUAUGGUCUUCUUCAAAGGAACGUCGUUGGAAAGAUGAGGAUGCAUCCUUUAGUCCAAGCCUACUUCCGGACAGAGAAAGAGUCUUUAGGCAUGGGUGACCUGUGGCGCACCGCUCAGUGUAAAUUUAACCAUCAAUACCUUGGUCAGCUGAGAGUCUUGAGCAAAGAGUUUAUCAGCAAAAAUUCAGCUUUGGUUGCGAUCCAUAAGUUUCGACAGCAGAAAGCGAACAUCAUGGAAGCGCUGAAGAAUUGUCUCGAAGACUCUAGCGAUUUAGAUGACAAGAAUUUCGUUUUAGACGUCGUGAACAGUACAGAAGUGCUGGAUUUUGUGGCAAAAGUCCUAACACCCCCUAAAGAGUGCACAGUGCUGUACCAGAAAUGCUGUGAUAUUGCUAAAGCGUCCGGCGAUAUGAAGAGGCAUGCUGAGAGCUUGAAUUCACUGGGAUUCCGUCGUCUCUGUGACGUGUCUCACAGCAAAGACAGCCCAGAAGAAAACCUAGCCACACUUGCAAAGUUUCAGGAAGCAUACGAAAUGCGCAGGACAUUACCAGCAGAAGAACGAAAAACCCAAACGCAUGCGCACACCGCUAGUAAGCUCGGAGUAUGUUUGGUAUUGCAGGGAGAAGAAAAAAAAGGACGAGAGCUCAUACGGGAAGGGAUUUCAAUAAGAAAUUCUUUAAGUAACUGUUUGUAUGUUGCUGCUGGAUACUGUGACCUUGGAAAUUCUUAUCGAUUGUGUGGUGAUCAUCAAGAAGCAAUCGACAUUUGGAAAGAGAACACUCUGCCAAUUUACAAAGAGCAGCUUGGUGACCAUCCCUGGACAGCUUCAAUUUUGUCCUACAUCGCUGACUCGUACAAGGCCCUUGCUGCUGGAAGCUCUGAGCGAGGUUACAUCGACCAGGCCGAGAUGUACUCCAGGGAAGCUCAUGGGCUACGAGAGAGGCUGUUGGGUCAUCAUCAGGAUACAGCUCGUUCGUGCGUUCAGGUUAGCGAUGUGUUAGUCCUUCAAGGACAAUUCGAUGAGGCUUUGGAGGAGCUCAAUAAGGCGUUUGAAAUUCAAAAGGAUGUUUUGGGCCCUGACCACAAGAUCACGAAGAACACAAUGAGCAAAAUGAGUGACGUGAUGGACAAACGAGCAUCAAAUCCUCGUUAACUGCAAAUUCUCAAAACCGAAGCUCGAGGUAAAACUCUUGGUUCUUAGUGAACAGACUGAAGCAUGUAAAUAAAAAUGUAAUGUAUUAUUAAUAUCAAUAUUAUUAACUGAGUUGAUAACGUAAAUUAGCCACCGUAAAGAGUUUAAAAGCUGACGUUUCGAGCGGUAGCCCAUAGUCAAAUCGAAUGAGGAAGGACUAACGCUCGAAACAUCAGCCUUUUACGGUGGCUAAUUUACGUUAUCAACCCAGUUGAUAAGACUAAAUUACUAUGUUAAACUCUUCCACCGACGAAGCGCCACAGUUUCUUUAGAAACUUACCCCCGUGUAAAUAAAACUUAGGCCAACUGGUAUCUCAUCAGUGUUGCAAGGAAUUUAUUUAAAUUCAUUGGAAUAAUGUAAAAAUCAAGUUUUUGCCUUCUUUCAUCAUCGUUACGAACGAUUUUUUUAGUUUGGUUUUUCCCUGUCGUGUUUAUUGUGUUUCGGAAUUGGCAUCGACUUAUCCCACAAAAUUAGAGCGUAUUAUAAUACUUCAGAAGAAAAUUACUACAGUCAUCACCAAAGAGCCUUUCAAUGCUCAUACUAACCCCAUAAGGAGGUAAGUAGUGGGUUUUCCCACCAUCGCUAGACAUUGACACUGAGGUGAGGUGUAUAUACUAAAACAGUGAGAUAAUAAAGCACAAAAAGAUGAGUUUAACUCAUUUAUUCCUGGAACUAUUGCAAUAUUUUUGGUUGCGAAUCCCACAGCCCAUAUUCGAAGUUUGAGUAGCCAAUCAGCGCGCCUUAACAAUGUUUUUAGUAUAUACCGAUAAAAUUUAGUGGCUUAGUUUCCGUUGGCUGUUUAACUGUCCAUUUCGACUGGUCUAGUUAAAAGGUGCUGCUAAUCAGGCAGGUAAAAUUGUGCAGUUCAGUGACUCCCUAGUUGGAAAAAGUGUUAAAUAAACGCUGUUAAGGACCAAGUAGAUUCGAGCACUUUGCUACUGACACAACUUUCCGAGAGGAAGAAGAUUUAGCUUCUCCCAUCCGGGGAAUUACUUUUCUGUCUACGGUGAAUGUUUGUAAGUAGACUGCGAGUAGUCCCUCCUAUUCGGCGAAGUCCGUCACGCGGGUCAAAAAAGGGUUAGUGGAACUCUGGAAGUUAGACGCACGAAAACUACAGUCUGUAUUAUUUCCAAAUUCACGCGACGAAGUGCGCCGAAAAGGAUAGACUGCUCGUUUCAAGUUUCUAAGAAGCUUAUCCAUAGACAAUAAUUUGCGCUAAAUCAAAAAUUCUGUUUCGAGGUUACAUGUUGUUUCUUUUGAUCACGGUUGUUAUCAUUCGACAACAUGCAUUCAUCA